GAGAAACGGGGUAUGCCAUUUGUGACAGUUCGGGAUUGCUGCCGGUAGGCGUAAUUGGUUACUCUCCGCAGUACGUUUCGCAGUCAGCCAACUCUUGUAUCAACUCGCUCUAAAGCAGAACACGCAUUUUGUUUUUCCUGAGAAACUUUAAAAGUGGAAAUGCGGAUGACUUUGAAACAGCUGCAGGAACACCGCGUUGCUGUCCAUUUGUUCUGUUGAUUUUUAUUACAUGGGGCUCAAACUAUGUUAAACGUUAAUUUGGUGACAGCGCGACAGACGCACAUGGGCUGAAAGCAUAGUUCUGUAAAGCAGUUCUGCUCUCAUUUUGCUUGAUUUUUUUCUCUCUCUUUUUUCUCGUCCUUAUAGGAUUACAAAUAAUUACAACUGUACUGUUUUACAACUUUGAGAUGCAGUGUUUUGGAUUUCUGUGAAGAACCUUGGUGUUUGGAUGGAGGCGGACUGGGGGAUGGAGGCAGCGAAAGCGAGUGUUAGUCAAGGGGGAACCCCAUGUGUCCCGGUCAGUCUUAUUUCUCAGUAAGUUUGGACGAAGUUCACAAUGUAUGCCACGCACCUGGACUUCAUCACUUACGGGUUUCUGUAUUUAAAGUGAGCUCUGCGCGACCACCGAAACAAGCCGCGCUGUUCUGGCGGUUCAAGCAUGCCGCCCCAAAACUUGAAAGCAAAGGGGUUGUCCCUACUUUACUCGACCUGCGUUUGGGAACAUUUGGAGUGGGGAAGCGAAAAUAACUAACUGUAACCCUCUAACAGGAAUUGAGAAAUGUAUCUUUUGUUUUAAGCCUGAGGGUGAAUUCUUUUGUUGAACUAUUGGCUUUGAAAAUAAAAUGACAUCUGUCAUGGACGUCUUGUUUAAACGAGCUCUAAAGAAGCUACCGCAUGAGAGGACUUCAGAGGAUUUAAAUAUUAUUUAUUCUCACUUUCAUGGUAUGGACAUACUGUCUCAUCUCAGGGAACAUCAGCUAAGAUCAAUGUGCACUGUAGCUCGUUAUGAGAGGCACGAAGCCAAUCAUGUUCUGUUUUACCCUGACAGCCUUUCUACUUGUUGGUAUAUUCUUCUGUCAGGAUCUGUCUUCAUGAAGGAAUCAAUGUUCUUGCCCAGAUGUUGUUUUGGUAAGCAGUCUGGCGGAAGGAGAGGAUGUGAAUGUAUCACUUUAGAGCCAUCAGAGAUGAUUGUGGUGGAAAAUGUCAAUCCAGCUGAGGGAACUCUGUUACAGCGGGAAGCACCUCAUCGUCAAUCCCGCCGACACUUCGCCAAACUCCAUUCCCGGGGAGACAGACAAAAUAUAACUGACAAUGUGGAAUCUUCUGGCUACCUCCCGCUACCAGCGGAUCUCACCAAGAUGCACCUGACUGAUAGUCCUCAUUCACAGAUGACUCAUGUGUCUGCCAGCCAAUCAGGAUGCAGUAUUGCCAGCGACUCUGGAAGCAGCAGCUUAUCUGAUAUUUAUCAGGCAACAGAGAGUGAAGUGGGGGAUGUGGAUUUGUCAGGACUUCCUGAGGCAGUUGUUGACUCCGAAGAGGAAGAAGAGGAAGAUGAAGACAUUGAAAGGGCCUCUGAUACAUUAUUGGGCAGAGAUGUAGUGCGAGAUUGUCUUGACAAGCUGCCAAUUGACAGAACUGAGGAUGAUGUUGAACAAUUACUGGAAUUCAUGCAUCAACUGCCAGCCUUCGCAAACAUGACCAUGUCUGUCAGAAGAGAGCUGUGUUCUGUUAUGGUAUCUGAAGUUGUGGAACAAGCAGGAGCUGUAAUUCUUCAAGAUGGACAAGAAUUGGAUUCCUGGUAUGUUAUUUUAAAUGGUGCAAUUGAAAUUACCCAUCUGGAUGGAAGGGCUGAAACACUUUGUAUGGGAAACAGCUUUGGGAUUUCUCCAUCUCUGGAUAAGCAGUAUAUGAAUGGGGUUGUCCGGACAAAAGUAGACGACUGCCAGUUUGUUUGUAUAGCUCAGCAAGAUUACUGGCGUAUUUUGAACCAUGUGGAGAAGAAUACACACAAAGUGGAGGAAGAAGGUGAAAUUGUGAUGGUGAAAGAACACAGAGAACUGGACCGCAGUGGAACAAGAAAAGGACACAUUGUCAUUAAGGGAACUCCAGAACGUCUCAUCUUGCACUUAGUGGAAGAACACUCUGUUGUGGACUCCACAUAUAUUGAAGAUUUUCUACUUACAUAUAGAACUUUCAUCUCAUGCCCCAUGGAAGUUGGAAAAAAAUUGCUGGAGUGGUUCAUUGAUGAGGAUCUCAGGGAUAAGGUAACACGAAUUGUGUUGUUGUGGGUUAAUAAUCACUUUAACGAUUUUGAAGGGGAUCCUUUAAUGACCCAGUUCCUUGAAGAGUUUGAGAAUAAUCUAGAAACAACGAAAAUGAAAGGACACCUCAGACUUUUAAAUAUAGCAUGUGCAGCAAAGGCAAAGUGGAGACAGACCACAUUGCUAAAGUCGUCUAGGGAGUCCCCUUUGCACUUUAGCCUCCUUGGUGGUAGUGAAAGAGGAUUUGGCAUUUUCAUUGAGGCUGUGGACCCAGGAAGUAAGGCAGCUGAGGCUGGUCUUAAAAGAGGUGACCAGAUAAUGGAAAUAAAUGGUCAAAAUUUUGAAAAUAUUUCUUACUCUAAAGCUAUUGAGAUAUUGAGAAAUAACACACAUCUUUCCAUUGCGGUGAAAACAAAUAUAUUUGUAUUUAAAGAGCUACUGAGCAGAAUAACAAGUGAGAAGAACAAUGGAGGUGCACAUAUACCCAAAAUCCAGGAAAAGAAAGGCAAUCGCUAUUCCAUUCCAGAUCUUCCUGUAGAUAUGGAGCAGAUGUUUCCUACUGAAAAGGGAAAUAAGAAAAUCAAAGCAAACACAGUAUCUGGAGGAAGGAAUAAAAUUAGAAAAAUCUUAGAUAAGACGCGUUUUAGCAUCUUGCCACCAAAGCCGUUCAGUGAUGGUGGAGUAAGUCAGUCCCAGGAUGACAGCGUUGUUGGAACAAGGCAGUGCAGACACAGUGUUGCUAUUAUGCCUAUUCCUGGCACUUUGUCCUCUAGUAGUCCAGAUCUCUUACAGCCCACAGCCAGUGUGUUGGACUUCUCCAAUCCUGCAGUGGUUGGAUUUUACUAUAUUCCAGACCAGGUUAUCAGAGUCUUUAAAGUGGAUCAACAGAGCUGCUACAUUAUUAUAAGUAAGGAUACUACAGCAAAGGAUGUGGUAGCCCAUGCAGUCAAUGAGUUUGGCCUCACUGCAGCCCCUGACACAUAUUCCCUCUGUGAGGUUUCUAUCAGUCCUGAAGGAGUCAUUAAGCAAAGAAGGCUUCCUGACCAACUGUCAAAACUGGCAGAUCGAAUCCAGCUCAAUGGCAGAUACUAUCUGAAAAAUAACAUGGAAACAGAAACACUGUGUUCUGAUGACGAUGCACAGGAGCUUCUCCGGGAAAGCCAGAUUUCUCUGUUGCAGCUCAGCACUGUAGAAGUGGCAACCCAGCUGUCCAUGAGAGAUUUUGAGCUUUUCCGAAACAUUGAGCCAACAGAGUACGUGGAUGACCUCUUCAGAUUAGACUCUAAACAGGGCUGUGCCAAUCUGAAACAGUUUGAAGAGGUUAUUAAUCAAGAAACCUUCUGGGUGGCCACAGAAAUUUUAAGGGAGUCUAAUCAGAUCAAGAGAAUGAAGAUAAUUAAACACUUCAUCAAAAUUGCCUUACAUUGCCAGGAAUGCAAAAAUUUCAACUCCAUGUUUGCAAUUAUAAGUGGUUUAAAUUUGGCUCCAGUUACUCGUUUAAAGGGAACCUGGGAAAAGCUCCCAAACAAAUAUGAAAAGCUUUUUGAUGACCUGCAAGAAAUUUUUGACCCCUCAAGAAACAUGGCCAAGUACCGAAAUGUGUUGACAAACCAGAGUAUGCAACCCCCAAUUAUUCCAUUGUUUCCGGUUGUGAAAAAAGAUCUGACCUUUCUACAUGAAGGUAAUGAUUCAAGUGUGGAAGGUUUGGUGAAUUUUGAAAAGUUGCGUAUGAUUGCUAAAGAGAUUCGUCAUGUCAUUCGGAUGACUUCUGCCAACAUGGACCCAGCGGUCAUGUUCCGACAGAGGAAGAAGAGGUGGAAGAGUUUAGGGUCUCUCAGUCAAGGAAGUACAAAUUCAAAUAUGCUUGAUGUACAAGGAGGAGCUCACAAGAAACGUGUCAGACGUAGCUCUCUUCUGAAUGCCAAGAAAUUGUAUGAGGAUGCUCAGAUGGCACGAAAAGUGAAGCAGUAUCUUUCAAAUCUGAAUGUAGAAACCGAUGAGGAAAAAUUUCAGAUUAUGUCUCUACAAUGUGAACCCGCUUACAGUACCUUGUCCAAAAAUCUGAGUGAAAGAAGAUCAGCAAAAUCUGACAUGUCUCCAGUAUCAAUGAGGUCUGGCAUCGCAUCUGGAAAAUCUCAUCAGCAACACCGAAUGAGCCAAGUCCUCCAGGUCCCUGCAGUCAAUCUGUACCCCUUUAGGAAUAAAAGCACAGCAAAGGACACUGCCUCAACCAGUACAAGUUCUCCCCAGUGCAUUAAAAAACCUUUAAAUUUAUCUGAUGACAUACCUUACAAGAAAGCACCAGAAGAUUCCAUAUCCAACACUUCUUCUUUGCAUUCUAGCCCUCCUGGAUCCCCACAGGGAUCUCCUCGCAAAGUUGGGAAUAUCCCAAGAUCACAAAACUCUAGCCAGGUGAAUCUGUCUGGCUCUUCCUCAUCUCUGACAAGUGAAAACAGCACUAAGAACAGUGGAGUGCGCUCCGGCACAAUAGGUCAUGCCUUGCUGUCAAGUGCAAAAUCAGAAAAUUUCUCUGAUCUGAGUCAAAGUGAGAUCUCAUCCCGGUCCAGCAUUGUUAGUAAUUCUUCUGUGGAUUCGAUAUCAGCCACAACUUCAGAAGAGCACCCUUUGACUCAGCAACCUAAUCAUAUGGAGCUUAUUAGAACAGGAAACAGUGUGCCAACUACAGCUGAAUGUAAACAGCCUUGUGCCAGUCACUCCAUACAAAGACCUUUCAUUGCUAGAUGCUCAACAUUUGCCUCCUCAGCAAGCAAUGAAGAGCUAGCUCAUGAAUUUAUUUCAGUGGAUGCAGCGGAUAGUGGCCGUGGAAGUUGGACCUCCUGCUCCAGUAACUCUCAUGACAACUUUCAGAGUUUACAGUGCCAACGGGCCUGGGACCUCAGCCCCUUUCGUAACAAACACGUAGAUGGACCAAUUGCAGAGGUGGAGCUAACUGGCCAAUGGGCAGACAAUAGCAGUGUUUGCUCAGAAGACCUUUCCAGAACUAAUAGACAUUCCAGAGGUAGCUUAGAGUUGAACCAGUCCAGGCAAAGUUGGGCCUCAUCAAGUUCCCUUUCUGAUACCUAUGAAGGAAAUUAUGGAACUAUAAAACGCAGAGUUACUGAAAAUCCUCAAUCAGCUCAGGAGGAUCCCUCAGACUCUAAACCAGCCACAGACCCAUCUUAUAAAACAGUUACUUCAAGCACAGACAAAGGACUUAUAGUGUACUGUGUCACUUCACCUCAGAAGGACAGUAGAUAUAGAGGCCCACCACCCACCCCUCCAGGAUACCUGGGAAUCCCUUUAGUGGAUGUAAAGGAAGGAUCUUCCCGCAAGCAGCUGCAUUUAAAACCUCCAGACUAUAAUGUGGCAGUGCACAGGUCAAAAAUGGUGUCUCCCUAUGGCACCAUUGAUUGCCAACCAGAAGCUGGCAUUCAGUCGAAGAUGCUAGUUCAGUCCCAGACGCACAAUUGGCACAGCCAUGACUCUAAACUAGCAAAUGUUAGUCUACAGGGAGCACAAGAUAGUCAUGAGGAUGAAGAGCAAGUGUCAGCAGUUUAGGCUACUGGACCAGAGCACUGAACAUUUUUCCAGAUUUUAAGGACUUCAUUGUAUCACUGGAUAAGAAACCUGUGGUAUAAUAAGCUAACUACAUCAACAUGCUGCUUUUCUUGCAAAAGAAAUUUAUUUUUAUGGCUUGUAUAUAUUAGAACAAAGCAUUAAACUCUCUGUAAUAAUAUUAUGAUAUUAGUAAUUGUUUUAAGGGGAAAAAUACAAAAUGGAAAUACAUGCAAAACUGGGAAAUUAUUUUUUACCAAGUAAAAUUUUUGAGACUGUGCUAGAAUAAUGUUUAUUAAAUAUGGCCCACGCUUUCAUGUAAUGUAUAUGUUUUAAGUUUAUCUACAACAUUCUAGCAAUAGGGAUCAGAAUGAGCUGAAGAGACCACAGCAACAUGGCAUUGACUAGUGCAGAGGCACAUUAUGUUUUUUUAACUUCUUAUUGCUAAUUUAAAAUAAUUUGAAAAUACUGACUUUCAAAGCACAUUUUAUGGAGCAAAAUUGAAAAACAAAAUAAGUUUUUUUGUCCUUCAACUGAAAGCACUUUGGUGAGAAAUCAUAAAAAAAUAAUAUUAUAUAUGGCUGUUGUACCGCCAAGAAAAACUGAAAGGGCAGAUUGAUCCAGGGUAUGAGGCUUUACAUUAGUGCAAGAUUUAGAUUUUUACUGGAGGUUUUAUAUGCUUGUAAAUGUUUUCUUUUCAUAAGACAGGCUCAUUGCUGCCAUGAAAAGAGCAGAGCUGAGGUCAUCUGAAAUAUUCCCCAGUAUUUCAUGGCCACAGUGUGUCCUUCUUAAUUUAUCCUAGCAACAUGAAUGGAAGCUAAGUUCUCACCCUUUAGACAUCAGACAAGCUGCGUGAACACUCCAUCACCUGAUUAAAAGUGCCUGCUGCAACACACAAGCCUUUGUUAUGUAAGAUGUAAGGCUGGGGUUUAGAGAGUCAUCUCCUGUUCUUCACGGACUGGGCCCAUAGCAUCUUAUCACUCUUUUAUUCCACAAAAAUAUGGAGUGGACAAAAAUACUGUAAUAUAUUGGUUUAAAUAUAGACCAUAGAUGUAGGUGGUGUAUUAUUAAGCUAUAUUCAUUGUUAAUGUCCAUUCUUUGCCAAUAUGUCAAAAACAAACUUGAAUACAUUAAAGGUAAUAUAUAUAUUUUUGUUUUAAUAUACAUGUUUGAGAAUGUGUACAGAUAAAGAAUAUAUCUACAGAAAACUGUAUUUUAAUAUUUCAUAUCAAUGCCAUUCGAUUGUGGCUGCCUGAGGUUUUUCAGGCAGCAUUGCAGGAUGCCUUUGUUUCACAUAAACUUUUGUAUUAAAUAAUUCCUAGAAUUAGAUAAAAGGUUGUUAUUUAGCACCUAAGCAUUGUAAAUAAUAGUGUGGCAUAUCAUUGGAAGAGAUGGCUUCUGAAUUUAUUUAUUUUAUUUUUGUAAAGUGCAGACUGGGCAGCACUGGAUGAAAGUUUGUGGAAAUGACUGCCUCCUCCGUACCCUCUUAUAGUUUUUGCUCCUUUUUUUUAAGCUUUUUCUAGAACUGUUUCAGAGCUUUAAACUAGAAUACCUUGUGGAGGACUUGGAGUUGCAUUACACAAAGUGGAAAAUGUUACUGUUCGCUGUACUGUAAAUGAAAAACAGGCCCAAGAAUCAGAUUCAGUUAUGUGUUUAACUACAUCUGAAACUUGAUCCAUGUUUUUAUUGAUAUGCUGGAAUGGAGCCAGCAUAGCUUGUAAACUUUCAGGCCAUUAUGGAACUUUGCACAUUUCCUGUCAAAACCUAAACAAAAUGUAGUAUUAUUGUUAAAACUUAAACUAUAUUCUGUAACUUAAACCUAUUCUGUACAUUCUGUACUGUGCAUCUUGCUUUGCUAUGUUUCAUUUUUAAAUCAACUGAUCAUAUUGAUCAGUGGGAACAACUGGACACGAUGUUGUAUAUACUGUAGUAAACAGCUUUAAAGAGAUAACACUCCUCUGCCACUGUGGCAAAUAGUAAAAACAGGACAAAGUACCCUGAAAUAAGCCUUUAUUGUGUUUUUAUUAUUAUUAUUAUUAUAACCAACCCAUUCAAAGUUGCACCUUGACUGUUUCAGUUUAAAACAAUGGUCAGAACUUAACCAAUUUUGCCAUGUUUUAACUUUUGUAGACACUCCUGUUACCAUUCAUUGUUCUCAGUACAGUAUGUGAAGUAACGCAGAACUGCCGAGUGAUGGCAGAGAGCUCAAGAGAGUGUGUAUGACAACUGGAGCAGUCUGUUAGGAUGCUAUGAAGCAACCUAGCAUAAGUUUGAGCCUCAAACAGCUUAUAUGUUUGCGCACAGCUUUAUUAGAAAUAGGCCAGUGAGAGACUUCAUGCUGAACUUCACCCCUAAAUGAGUGUGGGUGGGGAAAAACUCAAACUACUUCUGGACAUUUUUCUUAAAUGACCAGCAGGAUUGCUGUAUUGGGAGAAGGUCAGAAAUUGAAUGGCAGUACAAAUAAGAAGCACCAAAUGAGUGGCUUUCUGUUUUAUUUACAACAGGGGAUGUGUAGAAGUUGGGUAGAUGCUUGUGUUUGACACGUGAGUUUAGCUCAGAGCAGCAGAUGCAACAAAAUGCUAAUUUGGUGUGGCUUCUCUACCUGACAAAACACACAUGAAAGAGACAGAAGUGUUGCAGGUUGUAGGCUCGCAUGAUGAAACGAUAUCCCUGAGGAUUUAACCUGAGCACCUGCCAUAUUGCCAAGCUAAGAGAGAGAUCCUGCCAAUUAAACUGGAAUCAUUUCUUCUUUUUUUAAGUAAUUCUUUAUCACUGGCAAACUUUUUUGUCUUAAAAUACUAUACUUGCUUUACACUCUGUGAUAUGUGUAAGAAAUUGUAAAAAUAUCAAUAUUGGACAAACUGCACAACUGCAACAAUAUGCAGCAAAAAUAUUUUUUCUGCACUUGUCUGUACCUGAAGUAUUAUUGAAGAAGUCAUGUUUUGUCUCCAGAUUUGAAUAGAUAUUGUAUAUUUAUGUCUUUUAGAAAGACGCUCUCUUGCCUGUAUGCGUUUUGUAUUUUUAACAGUUGAGUUAAAAUGUUAUAUUUUGUUUAAAAGGAAGUAUGGAACAUGAUUUGACUGACAUGAAGUUGGACAAUAAAUAAGAUAUAAAAACA